AUGGAAGAUCAUAGGACUGCAGCUAGACUCUUACCUAAAUCCGGCUUCAUGGCAAAUAUUGAUAUAAAAGAGGCUUACCUUUUAGUUCCAAUAGCAAAAGAACAUCGUAAGUACUUACGUUUUCAAUUUAAUAAAAAAUGCUUCGAAUUUAAUGCUCUGCCAUAUGGACUGUCCGUUGCUCCGUGGGUUUUCACUAAGUUAAUGAAAGAACCUAUCAAUUUUUUACGACAAAGAGGAUAUAGGUCGGUAAUAUAUUUGGAUGAUAUCCUAUGCAUAGGCGACACUUACGAAGAAUGCUCCAAUAACGUAAGUAAAACGUUAUCAUUGCUCAAAUGCUUAGGAUUUGUCAUUAAUUACGAAAAAAGUUUCCUGGAACCAAAACAGGUAUGUCGAUUUCUCGGGUUUAUAUAUAAUUCAGUCGAUAUGUCAUUAAGUUUGCCAAAUGACAAACGACAUGUUAUCAUGCAGUAUGUCAAAAAAUUUGCCUUACUCCCCAAAUGCUCUAUCAGGGAAUUGUCACAACUAAUAGGAAUACUUACUGCAGCCUGUCCAGCCGUUAGAUAUGGUUGGUUAUACACCAAAAUUCUAGAACGUCAAAAAUACUUAGCCUUACUAAAAUAUAACGAUUUUGAAGCAAAAAUCAAACUUUCGACUAUUGUUUUACCCGACCUGCAAUGGUGGAAACAAAACAUAUUGUCCACUAGCAAUUCAUUGAGGGCAGAUAAACAAUUUGCUUUAGAAAUAUACACUGACGCGUCCAAGACAGGCUGGGGGGCUGUUUGUGACGGUAAAAGAGUAAACGGUGGAUGGAAGGACAAUGAAUUAUCCUUUCACAUUAAUUACCUAGAACUACUAGCCGUUAUCCUAGGCUUGAAAAGCUUUGCUUUCGCUCACUUUAAUUGCUCUAUUUUACUCCGCGUGGACAACACAACUGCCAUAUGCUACAUAAACCGUAUGGGGGGAAUACGGUUUCCACAUUUAAAUGAUUUGACCAAAACUAUUUGGCAAUGGUGCGAGAAGCGAAAUAUCUUCUUACUUGCAUCCUACAUUAACACACACGACAACCGCGAAGCUGAUGAAGAAUCACGAAAAGUAAACGUAGAUACGGAGUGGGAAUUAUCGGAACGGGCGUUCAAAACAAUUGUUCAAAGUCUGGGGGAACCUGAAAUUGAUAUUUUCGCUUCUCGCACUAAUGCAAAAUGCCUUAAAUAUAUUUCAUGGAAACCAGACCCCGACGCAAUGACCAUCGACGCUUUUACAGUUAACUGGAACUCGUCGUUCUUCUACGCAUUUCCACCGUUCGCCUUAAUACUAAGAUGCUUACGAAAAAUUAUUAGUGACAAAGCCACCGGUAUCCUAGCUACGUCACCGACUUCAUGCCAGCCUUUCCCUGGCGGCCGCGACGCUCUCAGGACAGCGUUUAAGAGAUUAAACACUCCGGAAAUAGCACUAGAUCUCAUGCUAGCAUCCAUCUCGGAUAACACUAUGAAACAAUAUUCUAGUACGUACAGAUUAUGGUGGCAGUUUUGUAUAAAAAACGAAGUAAAUACUUUUGAAGCUCCAUUAUCAUCCAUAAUAUCAUUUUUAGUGGAUCUGUACGAAAAUGGAGCAUCAUAUGGGUCUAUUAAUAGUCAUCGCUCUGCCCUAUCUCUACUCCUCGGGAAUAAUAUAGGGUCAGACGAACGAAUUAAGCGGUUAUUAAAGGGUAUUUAUAGACAAAAACCUUCCCUUCCCAAAUAUACAAGUACCUGGGAUCCGAAAACUGUGCUUGAUUAUGUAUCGAAAUGGUAUCCAAAUAAUAAUAUAAGCCUAACAAAACUUACAAAGAAAAUGACUAUACUUUUUGCUCUGUGUACUUCUCAUCGCGUACAAACUCUCUCUCUAAUAAGAAUCUCUAAUAUCAUAAGAUCCCCGUCAGGUGCUAAGAUCUUUAUAACUGACAUAAUAAAAACUUCAGCACCAAAUCAAGAGCACCCAGUAUUAUUCCUGCCUUAUUUCGCGGAGAACCCAAGCAUAUGUCCAGCAAGAACCCUUGACGACUAUCUUAUAGUAACAUCUAGGCUACGACCUGAAGGUACUGACAAUCUCUUGCUUACUCAUAAGAAACCUUAUAAAAAGGCAUCGUCACAAACUAUAAGUCGGUGGAUAAAGCAGACUUUAGCAGAGAGCGGUGUGGACGUAACUAUAUUCACCGCCUACAGCACCCGCCACGCUUCUACUUCGGCAGCGGCCUCCGCCGGAGUUUGUAUUGACACCAUAAGAAAAACGGCUGGGUGGUCUACCUCAUCUAUGACAUUCGCUAAGUUCUAUAACCGCCCAUUAACGGAUGAAGGAGAAUUUGCUCGAUCCGUCUGUGCGAUUAGUAUUAACAGUAACAAAUAA